GCGGCGAACAAAAGCUAUAUCACUGUCCCACAGCAUAUUUCCCACCACCGCCCUCUACGCCGCCGGUUCCGUCGCACCGGAAACAUCAACAGUGAGAAAUUGUUCGAAUCAAACCCUAACAUUAUGAAGAAGCGUCAACGUGUUGCUCCUAUUUCCGAGUCUAUCUCGAAAAGGAAAAAGAAAGAAGAUAAAGGUACGAAAAAAAAGAAAGAAGGUAGAAGGGUGGAGAAAGAGACAAAUGUUGAGAUCAUUAAAUCUGUGAACUUGCUGGAGGAUGACCAUGAUGGAGAAGGGUCUGGCAUUGAUUCUCCUAUAAGCAAUGUUGUGGGAAGCUUGCAGCAAAAUUCUGAUGACAAUGAUUCUGGAUUAAUAGAAGUUUUUGAGACUGAAGAAGACAAUGAGUUUUCUCAUUCAGAUAAAGAGGAUAUUAGGACAAUUGGUGGAGCCACAUCUGAGGAUUCAGUGGAUUUGAGCUCUUUUGAUUUGCAUUUGCAACAUAAUUUAUCAAAAGAGGAGAUCGACAGCCAAAAGAACUUGAAAUUCAGCUGGGAUGUACCAGUUAUCGGUGCCUCAAAUUGCAAAUGGAGAGGAACUGGCGAAAAUAUCUUGAAGGAUUUUAAUAUCAACUCCUGUCCCGGUCUGAAGGAAAAGUUAUAUGAGCAUUGGAUGGAUGUCUCCAAGACAUCUGGAGGCAAGGAUAUUAAUUCACCAAAACAUAAGAUGUUUUUCUCCCUUUGCUGCAGCUACCGGGAUAUACUUCACUGUAACAAGAGACCAUUCUAUCUAAAAGGCCUUGAAGACACAAGCAUCAUGGAUGCAUACAUAAUGCAUUCUCUCAAUCACGUCUUCAGAACUAGAGAUUGUGUUAAAAAAAAAGAAUGAUUCCAAAUUGGCUAGGCUUGAAGAGGGUGCUGAUACUGAGAGAUUCCGAGAUCAAGGUUUUACACGUCCUAAGGUUUUAAUUUUGUUGCCAAUGGCAAGUAUUGCGUACCGUGUUGUAAAGAGGCUUAUACAACUUACACCUUCGGCUUACAAGGAACAUCAUUCUCAAGCUGAAAAGAUGCUGCUAUCAACAGGUUGAUUGGUACAGCAGGUUAGUAAAUUGAAACAGUUGUGGUGUUCAAGUAUGUUCCAAUAUUAUCAUAAGUUAUUAACACACAUGGAGGGAAACCCAUUUAAAAGUAAAACCUAACAUAAAUCAUGACUUUGAUGACAACUUCAUUAACACUUAGGUAUCUAUAACUGUAAAUGUGUUUGUAUUUAAACUUCAUUAACCAAAAAUUCAAUUUCAAAGUCAGAAAUUCAUGUUUUUGCUAGAGUGAACCGUAACUGAGAUAGUUUAUAUACUCUGAUCCUCUGUCACUUUCCCUCCUUAUCCUCUGGAUCCUCAUAGUCCGUCAUACUCUGCUCCUCCUCCAUACUCUGCUCUUGUCCGUUGACAUUUUCCUCAUCUUUCCCUACUCAUGUCUAGUGCUUAAAAGCCGCCUUUAAGCUAUAGAAUUUUACAACUUAAAUUAAUUCAUGUAAAUAUAGUGUAAUUAUCUGUAUGUAAAUAAUGAGUAGUCUUUGGCGGGUAUUUAGAAGCUGGAAAUGAAUUUUUAUUCUCAAUGCUUUUAAUUGUUUGCUCGUGUUCAAUUUGGAAAAUCCACUUCCAUUUUACGAAGUAAUUUGAGACAUCUUUAAGGAUUUCGUGGGAGCAAUCUAUAUAAACAUAAAGUUCAGAUCAUUAAUCUUUUAAAGUAUCGCAGAAUUUUCUGAAAGGCAUUAUCUUGGGACAUGAUAAUAAACUAUAGUUUUUCUUCCGGUAUUCCACUGAUCCAUAAAGCGUCCUAAAUCUUUUCUAAUCUCCAUAAAAGUAUAGCCUUCUGGAUUUCAUCCUCCUUCUGAAUCACUUUUGCUAAAUUGAAGAAAUAUCUUAGUCCUUUCACUAAUCCCUCUUUUAUUAUUUUGUCUUCAUUAGCCACAAAUUCUCUAAUUAAACUCAUCUUAUUUGAGCUUUCUUGAAUAACUUUUGGUAUUUUAAUCUGACGUAAUGUAAUGUUUUCAAUAUCGAACACAAAACACACUUGAGGUGUGAAGGGGAAAGAUUUAAUCAAUUUUUUCAGGAGCCAUCUAAUGUAUAAAUAUGUUUCCAAAUGAACUGGUAAAUCUACACAUCCUUUAGAAUACAAUGCUUCAACUGCUGCUCUUUGUAGAACACCAUCAUAUCGCUUUAGAUAACCGGAAAUUCUUGGAUUACAUGACUCCCUCCCAACGACUCCUGGUUGAUCUGUCAACACAAUUAAUUGAUUAAAUACAUUAAAUAUGACAUUAUAUUGCUAUAUUUUGUUCAACUUUAUACCUACCAAAACGAAUACGAUAAAUAAUGAUACCAGUUGUAUCCACUCUUGCAGUGAGAUUUUUGUGCAAAUUUUUUAUCAAAAGUAAAACAUUAGUCUAAAUUUAUUUAUGGAGAAGAGAUGCGAUUCAUUUUAAGAAAAAUACUAACAAUAAUCAAUUUUGCAAUCUCUUGUUUUUUUGUGUGUCUGAUAUUGUUCCGCAUUUCAACUGUGUAAUAUACUCUUCUCCUAACAAUUUACCAUGAAAUAAAAACAUAAUAUACCUAGUCAGUUGAUAAUGACGCGUACCUUAGGCCUGCUCAGGUUAUUUACAUUUUAUUUUCAUAGUCGAGCUAGUAGUGAACACAUUAAUGAAAAACAAUCAAUAAAUUCAGAUACAAGAUAAUCUAGAACAAAUCAAGGUUAUAAAUUGAACUGCAACUAGAAUAAUCAAUUAGCAUAUUCGUGCAACAAAUGGAGUUAGAGAUAUACCUUUAAAGUCAUGUAGAACGCGGCGAUUUCUGUUACGUUUUUGUCUACCUCCACUUUUGUGAUCGGUUAAUAUACAUCGUUCAAAUCCAAAUCAUAAAUCUUCACAAUUCUUUCGGUUAAUGGGUUGACUUGGUGGAACCCACAGUCAAUGACUCGAUCAGAAACAUCAUUUUUUUGUAUGAUGUAACAUUUGUUUUCUUUCUCGAGAUGUACACCAAAGUGUUUUUUGGUGUAUAUCUUGUAAAAGAAAACAAAUGCUACAUCAUAGAAAAAAAAUGAUGUUUUUGAUCGAGUUUUUGACUGUGGGUACCACCAAGUCAACCCAUUCAUCGAAAGAAUUGCGAAGGUUUACAAUUUGAGUUUGAACGAUGUAUAUCAACCGAUCACAAAAGUGGAGGUAGACAAAAACGUAACAGUGAUCCCCACAUCCUUCCUGACUCUAAAGGUAUAUCUCUUACUCCACUUGUUGCACGAAUAUGCUAAUUGAUGAUUCUAGUUGCAGUUGAUUUGUUCUAGAUUAUCUGGUAUCUGAAUUUAUUGAUUGUUUUUCAUUAAUGUGUUCACUACUAACUUGACUAUGAUAAUAACAUGUAAAUAACCUGUGUAGGCCUAAUGUCUGUGUCAUUAUCAACUGACUAGAUAUACUGUGUUUUUAUUUUACGGUAAAUUGCUUGGAGUAGAGUACAUUACACACUUGAAAUGCAGAACAAUAUCAGACAAAAAAAAAACAUGAGAUUGCAAAACUGAUUGCUAUUAGUAUUUUUUUUUAAAAUGAAUCGCAUCCCUUCAGUAUAAAUAAAAUUGGACUAAUGUUUUACUUUGUUAACAUUUUUGCAGAAAAAAUCUCACUGCAAGAGUGAAUAUAACCGGUAUCAUUGUUCAUCGCAUUCGUUUUGGUAGGUAUAAAGUUGGUUGAACAAAAUAUAGCAAUAUAUUGUCAUAUUUAAUGUAUUGAAUCAAUUAAUUGUGUUGACAAAACAACCAGGAGUCGUUGAGAGGGAGUCAUGCAAUCCAAGAAUUUCCGGUUAUCUAGAGCGAUGUGAUGGUGCUCUACAAAGAGGAGCAGUUGAAUUAUUGUAUUCUAAAGAAUGUGUUGAUUUACCAGUUCAUUUGGUAACAUAUUUAUACAUAAGAUGACUCCUGAAAAAUUGAUUAAACCUUUCACCUCCACACCCCAAGUAUGUUUUGUGUAGGAUAUUAGAAACAUUAGAUUACGUCAGAUUAAAAUACCAAAAGUUAUUCAUGAAAGCCCAAAUAUGAUGAGUUUAAUUAGAGAAUUUGUGGCUAAUGAAGAGAAAAUAAUAAAAGAGGGAUUAGUGAAAGGACUAAGAUAUUUCUUCAAUUUAGCAAAAGUGAUUCGGAAGGAGGAUGAAAUCCAGAAGGCUAUACUUCUAUGGGGAUUAGAAAAGAUUUAGGACACUUUAUGGAUCAGUGGAUUAUCGGAAGUAAAACUAUGGUUUAUUAUCAUGUCCCAAGAUAAUGUCUUUCAGAGGUCUGCGAUACUUUAAACAUAUUAAUGAUAUGAAUUUUAAGUUUAUACAUAUUGCUCCGACGAACUCCUUAACGAUAUCCCAAAUUACUUCGUAGAAUGGAAGUGAAUUUUUCAAGUUGAACACGAGCAAACAAUUAAAAGCAUUGAGAAUAAAAACUCAUUUCCUGCUUCUAGAUACCCGCCGAAGUCUCCAUACAUAACUAUGUUAUGUCAGAGGUAAUACUCAUUAUUUACACACAGAUAAUUACACUAUAUUUACAUGAAUUAAUUUAAGUUGUAAAACUCUACAGCUUGAAGGCGACUUUUAAGCACUGAACAUGAGCAGAGAAAGAUGAGAAAAAUGUCAAGGGACAAGAGCAGAGUAUGGAGGUGGAGAAGAGUAUGACGGACUGUGAGGAUAAUGAGGAAAGUGACAGAGGAUCCAGAGUAUUUAUUCUAUGCCCUGUACUCAGUUACGGUUCACUCUAGCAAAAACAUGAAUUUCUGACUUUGAAAUUGAGUUUUUGGUUAAUGAAGUUUAAAUACAAACUCAUUUACAGGUAUAGAUACCUCUAAGUGUUAAUGAAGUUGUCAUCAAAAUCAUGAUUUAUGUUAGAUUUUAGUUUUAAUUAGGUUUUGUGUUAAUAACUUAUGAUAUUAUACUGGAACAUACGUGAACACCACUAUUGUUUCAGUUUACUAGUCUGCUGUACUAAUCAACAUGUUGAAAGCAACAUCUUUUGAGCUUGAAGAUGAUGUUCCUGCUAACACAGUUGAAACAAAUGCGGUUAUUGAAUCAACCGCCCCAGAACUACACAUGGAGAUCCACAAAAGAAAAGCAUGUCGAUCCUGCCUAUGAUAUCUCUCUAUCCUCUAAUGGAUGCGCAGCAUGUCGAUCCUGCCUAUGUACCUGUCUGUUCAGAAUCUUGUUCUGGCAUAUUUGACUGGUUUGGGAUUCGGAAUCACUAGGGUUUAAAAUCAUUCGAUGAUGUUCCUGCCCAUUCAUAUCCGUCAAGCUGAUGGUAUUGGUGAUUCCUGGCAGCUGCUGCUUCCAAAUUCUGCUUCAUUUCUGUGGGAAGAUCUUGGUAGAAGACGUUCAUUGGAGCUCUUGGUAGAUACUGAACUACGAUAACGAUGAAAUUUCUAAUCAUCAACCUCUGCACGUAGCAGAUUGCGUGUUACAAUUGUAAAGGAAGAGAAAACCAAUAAGAGUUCUGAGCAGAAGACAUUCAUCAUCAGCGAAUGACUCUCAAAAGCAACAACUAAUUUUAGAUACAGACUGAGUUUCCUGAAUUUAGGGGAUCGAUUAUGCUAAUGUUCUUGACAAUAAUGGCCUCCCUCUCUAUGACUAAUGGAAGAAAAAAUAUUGAUUGGGCUUUCCUUC